UUCCCGCGAACCCGCCGCCCGCUCCCGACGCCGCCGCCGCCCCGAUGCCGGCCCGGGCCGCGACGCUGCCCCCGGCCCCGCUGCCCGCGGAGCUGCGCCGACGGCUGCAGGACCUGGAGCGGGAUGAGGAUGCGCUGAGCGAGCAGGAGAGCGUCCGGGAGAAGCUGAGCCUCAUCCAUGGCUUCCUGCAGGCCGAGGCGCAGCGGGAGCUGAGCGAGCUGGAGGCCAAACUGCGGCGCGAGGAGCUCUCCGAGGAGCGGUACCUGGCCGAGGUGAAGGCGCUGCUGCACCAGGAGCUCGCGGCCGAGAACGGCACCAACGGAUGCGCCGGCAUCGGCGGCUCCGGCAGCGACGAGGACUCGGAGCGAGCGGGCGGCGAUGGCGAGGACGACAGCGCCAUGGAGCUGGAGGAAGGCGCCGCCGCCACCGCCGUCAACGCCUCCUCUUCCUCGGCGGCCCCGGCGCGGCCGCGCAAGCCCAGGAGGAGCCGCUCCAACGGCGAGAGCAAGAAGUCUCCCGCCAGCUCCCGGGUCACCCGGAGCUCUGGGCGGCAGCUGAGCCUCCUGAGCCUGUUCUCCAAGGGGUCCACCAAGCGGAAAUCGGAGGAGGUCAACGGGGAAGCGAUGAGCGUGGAGAAGGAGGAAGAGGAGCAGGAGGAGAAGGACCAGGAGGAGAAGAGGAUGCGCAUGGAGACCAAAGAGGGCUUGGAAGCGAGGGAGGACCUGGCCCUGGUGAAGACCCCACCUCCCGCUAAAAGCACCCCCCCCAAGUGCCUCGACUGCCGGCAGUACCUGGACGAUCCCGACCUCAAGUUCUUCCAAGGGGAUCCCGACGAUGCCCUGGAGGAGCCGGAGAUGCUGACGGACGAGCGCUUGUCCCUCUUCGACGCCAACGAGGACGGGUUUGAGAGCUACGAGGACCUCCCGCAGCACAAAGUCACCUCCUUCAGCGUCUAUGACAAGAGAGGCCACUUGUGCCCCUUCGACACCGGCCUCAUCGAGAGGAACAUCGAGCUCUACUUCAGCGGGGCCGUGAAGCCCAUCUAUGAUGAUAACCCCUGCUUGGAUGGUGGGGUGAGAGCCAAGAAGCUGGGGCCCAUAAACGCCUGGUGGAUCACGGGCUUCGAUGGGGGGGAGAAGGCCUUGAUCGGCUUCACCACAGCCUUCGCGGAUUACAUCCUGAUGGAGCCCAGCGAGGAAUACGCUCCCACCUUCGCCCUCAUGCAGGAGAAGAUCUACAUGAGCAAGAUCGUGGUGGAGUUCCUGCAGAACAACCGCGACGUCGCCUACGAGGAUUUGCUCAACAAGAUCGAGACCACCGUCCCCCCCGCGGGGCUCAACUUCAACCGCUUCACAGAGGACUCGCUCCUGCGCCAUGCCCAGUUCGUGGUGGAGCAAGUGGAGAGCUACGACGAGGCCGGGGACAGCGACGAGCCCCCGGUGCUCAUCACGCCCUGCAUGCGGGACCUCAUCAAGCUGGCGGGGGUCACGCUGGGCAAGAGGCGAGCCGUGCGGCGCCAGGCCAUCCGGCACCCGACCCGCAUAGACAAGGACAAGGGGCCCACCAAAGCCACCACCACGCGCCUGGUUUACCUCAUCUUCGACACCUUCUUCUCGGAGCAGAUCGAGAAGGACGAGAAGGAGGAGGACAAAGAGAACGGCACCAAGCGCCGGCGCUGCGGCGUCUGCGAGGUUUGCCAGCAGCCGGAAUGUGGGAAGUGCAAAGCGUGCCAGAACAUGGUGAAGUUCGGGGGCAGCGGCCGCAGCAAACAGGCCUGCCUGCAGCGGAGAUGCCCCAACCUGGCCGUGCGGGAAGCGGAUGAGGAUGAGGAGGUGGAUGACAACAUCCCGGAGAUGCCGUCGCCCAAGAAGAUGCUGCAGGGCAGGAAGAAGAAGCAGAACAAGAGCCGCAUCUCCUGGGUCGGGGAGCCCAUCAAGAGCGAUGGGAAGAAGGAUUAUUACCAGCGGGUGUGCAUCGACCUGGAGACCCUGGAGGUGGGAGACUGCGUCUCCGUCAGCCCUGAUGAUCCCACCAAGCCCCUCUACCUCGCCAGGGUGACGGCCAUGUGGGAGGACAGCAGCGGGCAGAUGUUCCACGCGCACUGGUUCUGCCCUGGCUCCGACACGGUCCUGGGGGCCACCUCCGACCCCUUGGAGCUCUUCCUGGUGGACGAGUGCGAGGACAUGCAGCUCUCCUACAUCCACGGCAAAGUCAACGUCCUCUACAAGGCCCCCUCGCCCAACUGGGCCAUGGAGCAGGGCGGGCUGGACAUGGAGAUCAAGGUGGUGGAGGACGACGGGCGGACCUACUUCUACCAGAUGUGGUACGACCAGGAGUACGCGCGCUUCGAGUCGCCGCCCAAGACGCAGCCCACGGAGGACAACAGAUACAAGUUCUGCAUGAGCUGCGCCCGUCUGGAGGAGGUGAGGCACAAGGAGAUCCCCAAAGUGGCCGAGCCGUUGGAGGAAGGCGAAGGGAAGAUGUUCUACGCCGUGGCCACCAAGAACGGGGUGCAGUACCGGGUGGGAGAUGGGGUCUAUCUCCUGCCAGAAGCCUUCUCCUUCAGCGUGAAGCCCGCCAGCCCAGCCAAACGUCCCAAGAAGGAGGCCGUGGACGAGGAGCUGCACCCGGAGCACUACCGCAAGUACUCGGAGUACAUCAAGGGCAGCAACCUGGACGCGCCGGAGCCUUUCCGUGUGGGCCGCAUCAAGGAGAUCUUCUGCCCGCUGCGGAGCAACGGCAAAGCCAACGAGGCCGACAUCAAGCUGUUGGUCUGCAAGUUCUACCGACCGGAGAACACGCACAAGUCCAUGAAGGGCAGUUACCACGCCGACAUCAACCUCUUGUACUGGAGCGACGAGGAGGCCACGGUGGAGUUCCGCGCCGUGCAGGGCCGCUGCACCGUGGUCUAUGGGGAGGACCUGACCGAGAGCAUCCAGGAUUACUCGGCCGGGGGGCUGGACCGCUUCUACUUCCUGGAGGCUUACAACGCCAGAACCAAGAGCUUCGAGGAUCCUCCCAACCACGCGCGGAAUUCCGGCCAUAAAGGGAAGGGGAAAGGGAAAGGGAAAGGCAAAGGCAAGGGGAAGGCGACGUCGAGCUGCGAGCAGAGCGAGCCGGAGCCCCCCCAGCUGAAGCCACCCAAGCUGAGGACCUUGGACGUGUUCUCGGGCUGCGGGGGCUUGUCCGAGGGCUUCCACCAGGCAGGCGUCUCGGAGACGCUGUGGGCCAUCGAGAUGUGGGAGCCGGCGGCGCAGGCGUUCCGGCUCAACAACCCCGGCAGCACCGUGUUCACCGAGGACUGCAACGUCCUCCUCAAGCUGGUGAUGGGCGGCGAGAGGAGCAACGCCCUGGGGCAGAAGCUGCCGCAGAAGGGGGACGUGGAGAUGCUCUGCGGGGGCCCCCCCUGCCAGGGCUUCAGCGGCAUGAACCGCUUCAACUCCCGCACCUACUCCAAGUUCAAGAACUCCCUGGUGGUGUCCUUCCUCAGUUACUGUGAUUAUUACCGCCCGCGCUUCUUCCUGCUGGAGAACGUCCGGAACUCGUGUCCUGCAAGCGCUCCAUGGUGCUGAAGCUAACCCUGCGCUGCCUCGUCCGCAUGGGCUAUCAGUGCACCUUCGGGGUGCUGCAGGCCGGGCAGUCCGGCGUGGCCCAGCCCCGCCGCCGAGCCAUCGUCCUGGCCGCGGCGCCGGGGGAGAAGCUGCCCAUGUUCCCCGAGCCCCUGCACGUCUUCGCCCCCCGCGCCUGCCAGCUCAGCGUCGUGGUG